CCAGGAAAAACAGCUUCCCUGGCCCAUUUUGCACAGGGCGCAACUAGGAUGAGUGGCGCAGAGGGUUCUACAGAGCACACAGAGGAAUCUACGGAGCACCCAGAGUGUGUUCAGUCAUCAAGGAAAAAGAACUUCACAAAUUCUCUUGAACAUAAGAUAAGGUGUUUGGAAAAGCAGAGGAAAGAGCUCCUAGAAGUUAACCAGAAAUGGGAUCACCAAUUUAGAACUAUGAAAGAAUUAUAUGAAAGAAAGGUCGCAGAGCUGAAAAUGAAACUGGAGGCAUCAGAAAGAUUCCUCAGCUUGCUGGAGAAGGAGCGGCAUCCGUGCCAGAGAGAGAGCGAGAGGCAACGCGAUCUGCCCCCGGACCUGAUGCAGCGGGAAGAGAAGAAAAAGGAAAACCUAAAUGAAGAAUUACAUGAAUUGAAGAAAGAAAAUAAACUUUUGAAAGAAAAAAAUGCUGUUGUGAACAGGAAGAAGGAACAUUAUGAAUGUGAAAUAAAACGCCUCAAUAAGGCUCUUCAGGAUGCCUUGAAGAUGGAAUGCUCUCCAUUUUCCAAGGACUGCUUGGGGAAGUCUGAAAUGAAAUGCAGCCAUGAGGAGAUGAGGACCCAAAUGGAAGUUCUCAAACAUCAGGUGCAAAUAUAUGAAGAAGACUUCAAAAAGGAGAGAUCAGACCGAGAGAGACUUAAUCAAGAGAAGGAGGAGCUGCAGCAAAUCAAUCAAACUUCUCAAUCCCAGUUGAACAGACUGAAUUCUCAGAUAAAAGCUUGUCAAAUGGAAAAAGAAAAACUAGAAAAGCAAUUAAAACAGAUGCAUUUCCCAACCUGUAACUGCCCCUGGUUUACCAUCUUCGGGAUCCAUGGGUACCAACAGGUGCUGGGGCUGUGCAGGAUCACCAGAAGCAUCCACCAGACUAUCAGUGGUAUGCUCCUGACCAGUUUCCGCCAGAUGUGCAGCAUAAGGCAAAUGGUUUCUCUUCUGAAAGGAAAGUCAAUCAGUAGAAGGAUGUACCAACAAAGGAGCAUAACGGGCAGACAGAGAGCUUGGCAGAGGGCCCUCUUUUUUUAUUUUUACUGUGGCUGGUUUCUGCCACAACUGUUCAUCAUAUACUCCAUUAUUUGUGCCUGGAAAUGUUUCCCUUUGGCACGGAUAGAGGAAAAGACUUCUGACAGCUGAGAUCCUGAUCAAGUCAGAGGAGCCAGUUAUUAGACAACCAAACACAACUUCCAGUUUCCUCGAAAUGAGAUUUGGCAGAUGGAUUGUAUGUCAUUCCUUGAAACUCUCUUCAGCAUAUUGCUGCUGGAUUUACAAGAUGAUUCCAGGAUUUCAGCGACUCCACUUUUGCUGCAGUAGUAUUUCAUGUUGAUUUAAAAUAUAUAUGUAUACAUUCCCUGGGGGAAAGGUUUUUGCUGUUGUAAAUUUUUAACGUUGCUCCCAUUUUUUCUUCGGGGCUUAAUUCUUUAGCUGGUUUGUUUGAUUAGAUCCUUUGUUCGUCAUUGUUGACCUCAAUGAAACUACAAGUAGGACUGAAGAGGGGUACCUACAAUUUUAAAUUAAAUGAAUAGUCAAAUCUGAAUAAAAUGGUAAGCUUAAAACUAUUCUUUAAGCAAAUCAUUUCUAUACGUUGAUGACAAAUUGUCAGGCAACAUCAUUUUCAAGUAGAACAGAUUAUGAAAAAUAAAACCCUAAGGUGAUGGUGAUAGCUUUUUUGUGUCCACAUAUAUUAAAACAUCAUUUCUUGGAUAUGUGGAUUGAUGAUUAAAUCUGUGUUUUCCCUCCCUAUGGGUUUGUUAUUCAUGAAAAACAUAAUUUUGACUUCUCAAAGUAAUUAAAAUGGAAAAUGAAUGCAUCCAAAUUUUAUUGCAAUUAAAUUAUACAGUGCCAUGAUAAAUGUUGAAAGAGUAUUUAAAAGCCUUAAGUUCAACCAGUUAAUAAGGAUUCUGCUAGGACCAACUAGAGAUCCUCUUUGUGAGAAGAUGCAUAACCGGAGUGUGAGAUCCAUGUCAACCACAGAUAUCUGUGCUUCCAGAAGUACCUAAAGAAUAUCCAGGACUAUCAGUUGAAUAUGCAGUCAAAUAAAACAAUUGAGACAAUUACUUUGACUGUCUAACCCUAAAUUCCAGAAGUCAUGCUACUUAAUUCCAGUUCAAGCUAAUUUUGUUUUACUUUAUGGAAACACAUG